CGGGGGGAGGCGGCGGCAGCGGCGGCGGCGCGGGGCUGCAGCAGACGGAGAGGCGGAGAGGCGCGAGCUCGGAGCCGCCGCACGGCCCCCAGAGGCCGCCCUGUCUCCCUCCGUCCCCUUCCUGCCGCCCACCUCCGUGAUGCCCGGCGUGAACGGGGCGCCGGCACAGCGGCACAGCGGCCGGGUCACCUGUCGUGGCAGCUGCCUGGAAAUACUGGCGCUCCUGCUGCCUGGUCUGGCAAAUCACGGGGAUUCCGCCCAGAGAAGCAGCCCUUCCUCUCUUUCCCCUGCGAUACACAGCAAAGUGCAUGGUGCUGGGUCUGAAGUUGGACCCGCUUGGGCAACUAGCAGCAAGAGGAGUCUAUUUUGCCCCGUCCGAGCACUGCAAGGGUGGAAAGAUUUGUAGGACUCCAGGGCCUUCAAGCUGUGAUUAAUCAGAUGGUUCCUGAAACGACUGGGAAAGCAGACGCUUUGUGCACCAGUUGAAGAGUGUGUCUCUGUGUAUAUUCAAAACCUCUCUAUGCACACACACUUACUCAAGAAGACAGGCUCAUUCUGGUGCACACCUGAAGCAUUUUACAACUAAUGAAAAUUAAUUUAAGAAUCAGAUGGAGCAACUUGACACCACUGGGCUCAGGAGCCCAGGGAGAAAAAUACAUCACUAAUGGCCAAUUUUCCAUGUGGUCUUCACGGGUAAAGAAAGUUUGCAAAAAGAAGAAAAAAAAAACUUGCACAGAUCAAGCCUCAAAAAUACCUCUCCAGUUUAAAGAAGGAGCUAAGUGAGACGGUGACUGAGGGAGCAGUGCGAUUUCACACAUUGCAGGUGGGAUCAGGCCGCAGUUUCUGCACUUCAGUUUUCAGUGGAUCUGGUGAUUUGGACAGACUUCCCAGUUCUGGACUGACAGGCAACUCUUACUGUAAGAAUGUGCCUGGACGAUAGCCGGUUCAGGUUGGAUGGGACAGGCUAGAACAGUGAACCGGUUCCUUUGCCCUUUUCAGUUGACCGUGUUCAAGAAAUUUUAAUUUAUUAUUUCCCUUUCUUUUUAUGUGUAGGAUAAUAUCUUAGGUAGCAGUUGAAACCAAUAAUUACAAAAUAUCAAGGAACAUCCAGGCAAAGCUUCUCUUCCUUGUUCUGUCCGUGUGGACUUCAGAAACAUUCUCUGAGUGUGAACAGGAAAGGGCCCAUCAGCAAAACGUGGGGAAGAACCCAACCCAUGCUUGUGUUUUUGUUUUAAGGAACUCUCUUUUCUGUUGAGUCCAAGAAGACUUGCAUAUAUAUGGGGAGGAUUACUUGGUGGACUUAAUUCUGAGUUUAGUUUUUAUUUCCUUCAAGAUGAAAAAACUGUGUGAUUUUUAGAAGCAGAAAGGGGAGACGGUAGACUAGGGAAGGGAGGAAGGAGACGGGCAAAAUCCUGCAGCGAGGCUUCGCUUUGUCUGCAAGGGGGUCAAGCUUCACCUGAGGCAAACGCUUGACGCUUGGACCGUUUUCAGGGCUUUGGAACGUUCUGGCUCUGCGGAGUGAAGGGCCCUUCCCUCUACACCUCCAUGGCACUGAGGGCUGGGUGGCCCUGCAGAGGGGUGGUCAGACAGAGCCCAGUAAUGCCUGGGACGCGGUAACCUGCCAGGAGGCCUGGCUGGGCUCCAAGGUGGGACAUCUUCGGUUCUGAAGAGUGGGAAAGUCAUCUUCUCUUCCUAAGCGUGGAUUGCUGUCUGCACAAACUCUGGUUGUUUUGCACGGUUUGUGUGCCUUUUUCCCCCUUUAUGCAAUCUUUUUCAGCUUUAGCAGCAGAAAUUUGUCUAGUCGAGAAAGCAUGCCAGAGGAUGGCUUCAGAAAGAGGAUGAUCCCAUGUUCUGUCUCUAACUUUUGAACUCUUGAAGAGAAAAUUCCAGCUCGAGGGAUUCUUAAAGCCUUAAGUUACUUGAAAUCUAUGUAUUUGCAACCCUUGGUCUCUGGAAUCACUUUACACUAAACUGGAAUCUCAGGCUGAAUGAGAAUAACUAAGUCGAGUAAAAAGGAGAAAACUCGGUUUCUUGAUCACCACAUAUUAAUGAUGCUCUUUUUCCAGAGGGUCAGCCCACUGUUCCUCUAAGGACUUGAAAAUAAGAGGGGACUCCACAUUUUUUUAAGCAUAACCUUUUCUUACCAGACUGCCAUCAUGUUUUAUAGAGGAAUUUUUCACUAUGCAUUUGGUGGAUCUUUAUAAAAUACUGACCUUCUAAUUAGAUCCAGGUCAAUCUUAAUUAAAGGGGGUCAGGGAAAACAAGGCAAGCAAACCACAAAAACAGAAUAAAUCAAUGAGAGGAAUUGGUUUAAAUUUUUUUGGCAUUCAGCAUUACUUUUUAAGUAAAAUAGUUCACUGAAAAAAGUAUGUAUGCAGCGGUGGAACAGGGGCCAGUCCUUUGCAGCGACUCUAAUAUCCUCUGCCUGUCCUGGAAGGGGCGAGUCCCCAAGAGCGAGAAGGAAAAACCUGUGUGCAGGAGACGCUACUACGAGGAGGGCUGGCUGGCCACGGGGAAUGGCCGGGGCGUCGUGGGCGUGACCUUCACCUCGAGCCACUGCCGCCGGGACAGGAACACUCCACAGAGAAUUAACUUCAACCUGCGGGGCCACAACAGCGAGGUUGUGCUGGUGAGGUGGAAUGAGCCAUACCAGAAGCUGGCCACGUGUGAUGCAGACGGAGGGAUAUUUGUGUGGAUUCAGUAUGAAGGAAGGUGGUCUGUGGAACUGGUCAAUGACCGAGGGGCUCAGGUGAGUGAUUUCACUUGGAGCCAUGAUGGGACUCAAGCGCUUAUUUCAUAUCGAGAUGGAUUUGUCCUGGUUGGUUCUGUCAGUGGACAAAGACACUGGUCAUCUGAGAUCAACUUGGAAAGUCAAAUCACAUGUGGCAUAUGGACUCCUGAUGACCAACAGGUGCUUUUUGGUACAGCCGAUGGGCAGGUGAUCGUCAUGGACUGCCACGGAAGGAUGCUUGCCCAUGUCCUCCUACACGAGUCUGAUGGCAUCCUGAGCAUGUCUUGGAACUACCCUGCCUUCCUGGUGGAGGACAGCAGCGAGAGCGACACGGAUUCCGAUGACUACUCCCCUCCCCAAGAUGGUCCAGCAGCCUAUCCAAUCCCGGUGCAGAACAUCAAACCUCUGCUCACUGUCAGCUUCACCUCGGGGGACAUCAGUUUAAUGAACAACUAUGAUGACUUGUCUCCUACUGUCAUCCGCUCAGGACUGAAAGAGGUGGUGGCCCAGUGGUGCACGCAGGGAGACCUCCUGGCAGUCGCUGGUAUGGAAUGGCAAACCCAGCUCGGUGACCUUCCCAACGGCCCUCUCCUAAAGAACGCCAUGGUCAAGUUCUACAAUGUUCGUGGGGAGCACAUCUUCACACUGGACACUCUAGUGCAACGCCCCAUUAUCUCCAUCUGUUGGGGCCACCGGGACUCCAGGCUGCUGAUGGCAUCAGGACCGGCCCUGUACGUGGUACGGGUAGAGCACCGGGUGUCCAGCCUGCAGCUGUUGUGCCAGCAGGCCAUUGCCAGUGCCCUGCGAGAAGACAAAGACGUCAGCAAGUUGGCUCUGCCCCCCCGCCUCUGCUCCUACCUCUCCACUGCCUUCAUCCCCACCAUCAAGCCCCCCAUUCCAGACCCCAACAACAUGCGAGACUUUGUCAGCUACCCUUCAGCUGGCAACGAGCGUCUGCACUGCACCAUGAAGCGCACGGAGGACGACCCAGAGGUGGGCGGCCCAUGCUACACCCUCUACCUGGAGUACCUGGGUGGGCUUGUGCCCAUCCUCAAGGGGCGGCGCAUCAGCAAGCUGCGGCCAGAGUUUGUCAUCAUGGACCCCCGGACGGAUAGCAAAUCAGAUGAACUCUAUGGGAACAGCCUGAUGUCUACCGUGGUCGACAGCUGCAACUGCUCGGACUCCAGCGAUAUUGAACUGAGCGAUGACUGGGCUGCCAAGAAAUCUCCCAAAAUCUCCCAAGCAAGCAAGUCACCCAAACUCCCACGGAUCAACAUCGAGGCUCGGAAGUCUCCCAAGCUGUCCCGGGCUGCUCAGGAGAUGUCCAGGUCCCCACGGUUGCCCAUUCGGAAGCCCUCUGUGAGCUCACCGAGCCUGACACGAAGAGAGUUUCCCUUCGAGGACAUCACUCAGCACAACUAUCUUGCUCAGGUUACGUCUAAUAUCUGGGGAACCAAAUUUAAGAUCGUGGGCUUGGCUCCUUUCCUGCCGACCAACCUUGGUGCAGUGAUCUACAAAACCAGCCUCCUGCACCUACAGCCACGGCAGAUGACCAUUUAUCUCCCAGAGGUUCGGAAGGUUUCCAUGGACUACGUGAACUUACCUGUUUUCAACCCGAAUGUGUUCAGCGAAGAUGAAGACGACUUACCAGUGACAGGAGCAUCUGGCGUGCCUGAGAACAACCCACCCUGUACCGUGAACAUCCCUAUCGCACCCAUCCACAGCUCCGCACAGGCUAUGUCCCCCACGCAGAGCAUCGGCCUGGUUCAGUCCUUGCUGGCCAAUCAAAACGUGCAGCUGGACGUCCUGACCAAUCAGACCACCACCGUGGGUGCAGCUGAGCACACGAGUGAGAAUGCCAGCCAGUACCCAGUCUCCAACCGCUACUCUAGCCCUGGACAGGUGAUCUUUGGUGGAGUGGAGAUGGGCCGAAUGGUGCCAAGCACCCCGCAGCUGUCCCUGCCGCCACCCAUGCAGGGGGCAGUUUCGCUGUCAGUGGUGGAGCUGGGAGACCGUGAGCAUGAGCACCUGCAGAAGCCAGCCAAGAUGCUGCGGCCCACGCAGCUGACUGCCGAGGGGGAUGCCGUGGUAUUCGGUGCUCCCCAGGAGAUCCAGGUGGCCAAGUUGAACCCCCCACCUCCCUACCCAGGAACCAUCCCUGCUGCCCCCACCACUGCAGCGCCACCACCCCCGCAGCCCCCUGUGGACGUUUGCUUAAAGAAGGGCGACUUCUCACUGUACCCCACCGCGGUGCAUUACCAGCCGCCCUUGGGCUACGAGAGGAUCACCACCUUCGACAGCAGUGGCAAUGUGGAGGAGGUAUGCCGGCCCCGCACACGGAUGCUGUGCUCGAAGAAUACCUACACACUCCCUGGACCUGGCAGCUCAGCCACCUUGAGGCUCACCGCCACAGAGAAGAAGGUGCCCCAGCCCUGCACCAGUGCCACCCUGAACCGUCUGACGGUCCCGCGUUACUCCAUCCCCGCUGGAGACCCACCCCCGUAUCCUGACUUGGCUGGCCCGCUUGUCCCGGGCCGAGUGGCAGCACAGCGGCUGGAUAGCAGCCUCAUCCAUGCCACGCUGCGCAGGAAUAAUCGUGAUGUUGUGCUGAAGGCUGCAGCUCCAGCUGAGCCCCCACGGGCCUUGCCACAGCACCCACCCUUACAGCACCUGGCCAAACCCAAGGGCACAGCGCAGUUCCCCGUGCGAUCCCAGGCCACCCUCUACACCUGUAGCCAGUGCAGUGGUGGGGGUGCAGUGGGGCGGCCUGAGCCAGGCGCAGGGGCUGCACACACAGCCGGCACCUCCCCGCUGGCUUCACAGUCCCAGUCGUCCUACAGCCUCCUGAGCCCACCCGAUGGCACCCGCGAGCGCACUGACUAUGUCAACUCAGCCUUCACUGAGGACGAGGUGCUAGCCCAGCACUCACCAGUGGAGAAGCCCCUGAGGCACCCUGUGCUGCCUGAAGCCACUGUGGCUAUGAAACGGCCACCCCCUUACCAUUGGGAUGCUGUGCUGGGGGAAGACAUUUGGGUGCCUCAGGAAAGGACAGGACAAUCUGGAGUGUCCAACUCACUGAAACUGUCCCCUCUGGUGGUAGGUCAGAGCCAGCACCUGGAUGUGUCCCGAGUGCCCUUUGUCUCCCCUAAGUCUCCCACCAGCCCUACUGCCACUUUCCAGACAGGCUAUGGGGUGGGAGUGCCAUAUCCUGGAAGCUAUACCAACCCUCCUUUGCCAGGAGUGCAGGCUCCCUGCUCCCCGAAAGGCACCCUGUCUCCCACACGGUUUGCGCAACAGGAGCCCACUCUGGUCCUGCAGCCGGCCUACCCGUCCAGCCUGUCCUACUGCACCUUGCCACCCAUGUAUCCUGGAAGCAGCACUUGCUCAAGUUUACAGCUGCCAUCCAUCGCCUUGCACCCCUGGAAUUCCUACAGCACGUGCCCACCCAUGCAGAAUCCCCAGGGUGCUCUCCCCCCCAAGGCACACUUGCUCGUGGAGAAGCCCCUCGUGUCUCCAACACCCUCUGACCUCCAAAGCCAUUUGGGGGCAGAGGUGAUGGUAGAGACCACAGACAAUUUCCAGGAGGUUCUCUCCCUGACAGAAAGCCCCGUUCCACAGCGGACGGAGAAAUUCGGGAAGAAGAACCGGAAGCGCCUGGAUAGCCGGGCAGAAGAAGGAAACGUCCAGGCCAUCACUGAGGGCAGGAUGAAGAAAGAGGCUCGGACUCUGAGUGACUUUAAUUCCCUGAUCUCCAGCCCCCGCCUGGGAAGAGAGAAGAAGAAAGCGAAGAGUCAGAAAGACCAGCUGAAGUCAAAGAAGUUGAAUAAGACAAACGAGUUCCAGGACAGCUCAGAGAGCGAGCCGGAGCUGUUCAUCAGCGGGGAUGAGCUGAUGAACCAGAGCCAGGGCAGCAAGAAGGGCUGGAAGAGCAAGAGGAGCCUGCGGACGGCCAGCGAGCUGGAGGAGUUCAAGUGCCGGAAAGCCAGCGAGAGGGAGGACGGGCGGCUGGGCAGCCAGGGCUUUGUGUACGUCAUGGCCAACAAGCAGCCUCUCUGGAAUGAAGCUACCCAGGUGUACCAGCUGGACUUCGGGGGGCGUGUGACCCAAGAGUCAGCCAAGAACUUCCAGAUCGAGCUGGAGGGGCGGCAGGUGAUGCAGUUUGGAAGGAUCGACGGCAAUGCGUACAUCCUGGACUUCCAGUACCCCUUCUCAGCUGUGCAGGCCUUCGCGGUCGCCCUGGCCAACGUCACUCAGCGCCUCAAGUGAGGAGACAGCUCACGGUGCAGCGUAAGACAAAGGACCCUUUUUGGAGAGGUUGCGUCCAGAUGCUGGAGGAGCCCACAUGGGGCGCGGGUGCCUGGGGGGCCAGAAGACAAGAGCCAACUGGAAAAGUCUGUCAGGCUCAGGGGAGGGCACUGACCUUUAGUGUUGUCAUUUCUUUGGGCUUUUAUUAUUCCUUAUUGUCUUUCUUUUUCCUUUUUAAUCAAGCAAAACAAUACAGGAGAGUGGUAUAUGGAAGCAAAGGGGCCAGGCACCUGGUGUUUUUUUAGAAAUGUAAUCGCCUGUGGUCACUUCCCACUGGGCUGGCUUCUGCCAGCUCCGGACCGGGGCCCCCAGCAGGAAGACAGGCUGCCUUAUGUAGUCCGCUGUUCUCUCAGAUGCAAGGAGUGUGCAUUCCUUUCAUUCCCCACAACAUCCCUAGUGUAAAAACGAAAAACUUUUUAAAAAACACAACCAAAAAUUCUAAAGGUACAGGUUCUCUUGGGGGCCAGCAUUUAAUUCACACAUAUCAUGUCACUCCCCCAAAGGUGACUUGGUUAAUGAAAGGUAGUUUGGCAAAUGCACUGUUUGACUAGUAAAAGUAGGCUUUUUAUGGGGGUGCCGUUACCGGGUGUGGAUGUGCUCCUGAUGGUGUGGGGGAGGGAAAGGAAGGGACGGUGGGAGAGGACGAAUCCCCGCACGUGUACAAGGGCUACGCUCCUCUCUGGAGGAUGUUUACACUGAAGACUCCACUAGUUUCAUCACACGUCAGAACCCCACAGGUUUGGCACGCCUGUCUGACUGGAGAAGGCAGGACACGGACGGGACGGUCCCAGCGUGGGCGGGGCGGCAGCUUUCUCAGUGAGAGCCACGGUGAGUCACUGGGGGCUGCUUGCUGAGAAGUGGUGUUUAUCUCUUUUCCCUUUUAUCGCUGGAUCUGGAAACGUGACUACAGACAUUGUCCUUCCCAUCAGACCACACUGCCCUACACUUCUAGAAACACUAAUGGUGCCACUUGGGAAGCUGUCUUUCGUGUUCUCAGCUACAUUAAAAUUCAGUUGACCAGAAAGGUUUUCAAGAAAUUAGAAAUGUAAGCAAAAAAUCUUGCGCAUUCGUCACAGUAAACCCCUUCACAGAAGUCCCACUGUCUUCCCUAGGAAGCAGUCGCUUGUUAGCUGUGUGGACUGUUUACUAAGAGGUGAACCACUGGGACAGCAAGGUUAAGGUCACAGUGUUAUGGUAGUUGGCUGACUACUGUUGGUAAAUUGCAAAAAAACCCACUGAGGUUAUCUCGACCCAGGUCACUGUUUUUAGUUGUUCAGUGUGACGUUGUGUAGGGCAGGAGCACAAGAGCUACCCUAAGUUGGGGUUUUGUUUGAAAACAGGAAAAUGGAAAAUACUACAGAAAAUCAUUUCAAAAAAUUCUUCUAAUUCCCUACUUUGACUUUAAAAUAUUUUUUAAUUUUUUAAAAGUAUUUUUUAAGUCCCUGUUUUGGUUUAAAAAUUAGAGGAGAAACUGUUUCACUCUUUUCCCAGAUCAGUCUGCUGUCUAUCACAUUCUCUCUGGCCCACAAAGAACCAAGGAGGAGGAUUCAGUUAGGCUGAGGGCAUCGCCCAGCUGGGGCCAGAGUUCCCAUCUUACAGACCAGAGUAGUGGACCUGGUUCUUGGUGGGUAAAUUCUUCCAAAAAGAAUGUAGUGAUGCAUUCAGAUUUAAAUAAUUCUUUUAUGUGAGUUUUUGUAGUUUGAAAUGAUGUUUCAGUGGUUACUAUUAGUUGUGCAAUAUGAUUAUAGCCUAUUUCUAAAAUAAUUUAAAUGCAAUUCUCUGUUUUACUGUCCAAGAGAAAAUUAUUUAUCUUGCUUUAAUAGUGUUCUUAGGAAUUUCUUUGUUACUAUGUACUGGUGAGUUAUACCCAUGCUAUUAUUUAUUUAGGAAAAUAGUUUGCUUGUAAUGAUUUACUGGGUAGCAGUAUAUUUUGCUGCAAGAGAUAAAGAGGAUACAAUAGGGCCUUUUUUUUUGGUUUGGUUUUUUGUGGGUUUUCUUUUUCUGGACUGUUUAUAACCUUUUCUGAUUGGGAAAAUUUUUUUCUGGGUUUAUUGGGAUUUUUCUGUUUUGCAUUUUGCUUUUUUUAUGGUAUUGAUUAUAUACAAAGAAGAUUUCUGAGAUAAUAUAUCCUAAAAUAUUUUCCCUACUUUUGAGUAUUUUAUUUUUAAUUAAAAAUAAAAGGUGAUAUGAAAUGAGAGACUUAUUAGAAUGAGACUAACAAGAGAAGGAAUUAUUAGUGAUAAGUUUCAGUUUUUAAAAUUCUGAUUGGGCCCUGGCUGGUAUAGCUCGGUUGAUUGAGUGCUGGCCUGUGGACCAAAGGGUCACCAGUUCGAUUCUCAGUCAGGGCACAUGCCUGGGUUGCAGGUCAGGUCCCCAGUAGGGGGUGUGUGAGAGGCAAUCACACACUGAUGUUUCUCCCCCUCUCUUUCUCCUUCCUUUCCCCUCUUUCUAAAAGUAAAUUUAAAAAAUCUUAAAAAAAAAAACAAAAAAUACAUUUAAAAGUUUAAAUAAAUAAAAUUCUGAUUGGUUUUUGAGAUAAAAAGACCAUGAAAGGGUAUACUUUUUGGAACUUACUAAGAACAAAAUUGAGGGAAAUCCUUGGAAUUAGUGCUACUACAAAUACAUGUGAGAAGAAAAUAUGAGUGUUUUUAACAACUAAUUAAUUAAACUUACUAAGUUCUUAGCCCACUGCCCAACAAGCAUUCUCCCCACCCGGAGACAGAGGCCUCCAUCUUGGAUGCUUUGCACACGCGAGUGAGCCUCUGAGUGAGCAGCCGCCCCGAGGAGCAGGUAAUUCCAGAGGUGACGGUGAUGCCUGUGCUUGUUUUACAGGUUGUUUUCAGUCUCAAUUUGUUAAAUAUUAUUAAAGUCAGUACUUUCAGCAGCAGAAUUCUACAUGUUUUAUGUUCAUUAACAGCAAUUUAUGAAUAGUAAGAAACCUCAUUGAAUCCCUACAUUUAAAAAUAGGAGCCCAGUAAACAGUCAACUACAUGAAAACUCCAUGCCUAUUUGAGGGAAGCAGUAUAUUAACAAACAUAAAAAUCAAUUUUAAAUUUGUUUUAACUGUAACUUUAUGAAACCAAAGGAACGGAUUUGAAUACACGCCCUCCACUGACUCUCUGUUCCGGAAAAACCGGUGGGAAGGAAGCAGAGGUCCCGCGGUGCUGCUGGCAGUCCGGUUCAGGGCCGUGCAGGUCAGCGUUCUGCAUCCGAGGCCAUUGUGCCCUGGUCGAGUGUCCCACGAGGACGUGCAGGCAGGUGUACACUGGUCCUGCCGUCAGAGCAGGAAGUCGGCAGACCCAGGAUCAAGCCUGCCCCCUGCAGAGUUGGAGGGCGACCGGGGGCCUCCCUCUGUCCAUCUUAUGAGAGGAAGGGGCAGCCUGGAUGGUUUCUAAACUCCUGUCCAGUUCCUCCCUCCACUGUGCACACUCAGAAGUGUGUUUCAAAACCUGGCCUUCUCCUCGAGAAAUGUUUCUUUUCCUGUGUUAAUGAGCUAUCUACUGAAUGUAAGUCAGGGCAUUAAAAACAGUAUCUUUAGAAGAUUCACCUCCAGAAAGAUGCAUCUGGAAUUGUGUUUGUUUUCAAAAGAUUACACAAAAGCACCAAUUCCAGAGAAGUCAGAGGAGCUGCCCGGAGAGCACAGAGCGGGUUGAGGAAAGACCAGGAGUGCGGGCCGAGGCACCUGGGACACGUGGGCGUGCACUGCGGUGCUGGGCUGCCCUCGAGUGGGGGUCCUGGGAGGGAGCCCUGUGUCCUCGUGCGGCCCGUCUGUCACUUGGCCCAGUCCGCGGUUGUGAACAAAGUUAGUUGAGACAAAUGUGUCAAAAAUGUUGAGUUCUUGAGAUUUUGUACUAGAACACAAUUCAAAACUUCAUCAUUUGUGUAUUUUCUAUCUCCAGCUGAUAAAACUCUGAAGGGUUGUAGCUUAUUUUGAUUUCAUUUCUUUGGCUUUGUGCAGUUUUCUUGUAACUUUACUUGUACCUAUAUUUUCUGUUUACAAGUUAUUUUAAAGGGGAGGGGUAGGGUUCUAAGAUCUCAUUUAUUGUAGAUAAAAUGUUUUCUUUGGUGUUGCAGAAAAGCAUGGGCUGUGCAUUUGACUGGAAAAGGCACUACAUUAUUUACCAAAGGGUGUUGGUUUGGCAUUUGUUUAUGAACGCAUUAUUUUGGCACUGCACAUUUGGACAUAAUUGCUGAGUUUCUCACUACUGCCCAUUUUUUUCUCCUUAGUUUUUUUAACUGUGAGUGCACAGUGCAGGGCGCAGGCCCCAGACCAGCCAGACCACCAGCCCCUUCUCGUCCAGACGCUGGGACGGCGUGCUGCCUGCUCGUGCCGGCUGGUUCCUUUCGGUCCAUCAGUUCGCAUCCCUCCCUGUUUUACUUUCCAAGCAAGAUCUGUUGAGGUGCCCAGUUGCUUUCUAAUGAGCUCACCCCAAAUUGCCUCUCUUCUUAUGUAUUUUGUGUGUUAGACUGUGAGGGAGAUGUUCUAGAAGGCAUUCAUGGUUUGCAUUUAACAUGGUGCGGUUUGUCCAAGUUCUUUUCUGUCUUUAUUAUUGAAAUGGAUUAAUCUUUUUUUCUUGAUGAUUUGAAAUUGUAAGAAUUGUCCAGCUAUUGCUUAAUAAAAUUUUGCAGAUCAAAAAAAA